AUGGCUCCCAAACAGGACACCCCGUUCCGCUCGGCGGACAUGAGCAUGGUCCAGCUCUAUGUCUCUAAUGAAAUUGGCCGCGAGGUCGUUACGGCUCUUGGCGAGCUUGGUCUCUGCCAGUUCCGCGACCUCAACGAGAAUGUCAGUGCCUUCCAGCGCACUUUCACCCAGGAGAUCCGACGCCUCGAUAAUGUUGAGCGACAGCUGCGAUACUUUUACUCUCAGAUGGAUAAGAUCGGCAUCCCCCUUCGAAAGCUCGACCUCGACGUUGAACGACUGGCCUCGCCUUCGACUUCCGAGAUCGAUGAGCUCUCCGAGCGAAGUCAGAAGCUCGAGCAGCGAGUCUCUGCCCUGAACGAGAGUUACGAGACUCUGAAGAAGCGCGAGGGAGACUUGACUGAGUGGCGCUGGGUUCUGCGCGAGGCCGGCAGCUUCUUCGAUCGUGCCCACGGCAAUGUCGACGAGAUUCGUGCCUCAACCGACAACGAUGAUGCUCCCCUGCUCUCGGACGUUGAACAGCACCAGGGGGCUGCUGACGUCGAGCGAUCCUUCUCGGGAAUGAACAUUGGUUUUGUUGCUGGUGUCAUCGCUAGGGACAGAGUUGGCGCUUUUGAGCGUAUCCUCUGGCGAACUCUGCGUGGCAACCUGUACAUGAACCAGUCUGAAAUUCCUGAGCCACUGAUUGACCCCACCAACAACGAGGCUAUCAACAAGAACGUCUUUGUCAUCUUCGCCCAUGGCAAGGAGAUCCUCGCCAAGAUCCGCAAGAUUUCGGAGUCUAUGGGCGCCGAGGUCUAUAACGUCGACGAGAACAGCGAUCUCCGACGUGACCAGAUCCACGAGGUCAACAACCGUCUUGAGGAUGUCCAGAAUGUCCUUCAAAACACUCAGGCUACUCUUCAGGCUGAGCUCAACCAGAUCUCUCAGUCUCUGUCUGCCUGGAUGGUUCUCGUUGCCAAAGAGAAGGCUGUAUACAGUGCCCUCAACAACUUCUCGUACGACAGCGCUCGCCGAACCCUCAUUGCUGAGGCCUGGGUUCCUACAAACGAUCUUCCCCUGAUCAGGACGACACUGCAGGAUGUCACAAACCGAGCUGGUCUCUCGGUUCCCUCCAUCAUCAACAAGAUCCAAACCAACAAGACGCCGCCUACUUACCUGAAGACCAACAAGUUCACCGAGGGUUUCCAGACCAUUGUCAACGCCUAUGGUACUGCCACCUACCAGGAAGUCAACCCGGCCAUUCCUGUCUUUGUCACUUUCCCUUUCCUGUUCGCUGUCAUGUUUGGUGACUUUGGUCACGCCAUCAUCAUGCUUUCGGCUGCUCUUGCUAUGAUCUACUGGGAGAAGUCGCUCAAGAAGGUCACUUUCGAGCUCUUCGCCAUGAUCUUCUACGGUCGAUACAUUGCUCUGGUCAUGGCUGUCUUCUCCAUCUUUACCGGUCUUAUCUACAACGAUGCCUUCUCCAAGUCGAUGACUCUUUUCGACAGUGCCUGGGAGUUCAAGAAGCCCGAGGGCUAUACUAACUCGACUCCUAUUACUGCCGUGUUGAACGAGCAUGGCCACCGCUACCCCUUCGGCCUAGACUAUGCUUGGCACGGUACUGAGAAUGAUCUUCUCUUCAGCAACAGUUACAAGAUGAAGAUGAGUAUCAUUCUCGGUUGGGCGCACAUGACGUACUCUCUCUGCUUCGCCUACAUCAACGCCCGCCACUUCAAGAAGCCCAUUGACAUCUGGGGCAACUUUAUCCCGGGCAUGAUUUUCUUCCAGUCCAUUUUUGGCUACCUUGUCAUCUGCAUCGUUUACAAGUGGUCCGUGGAUUGGCUUCGAAAAGGACUCCAGCCCCCUGGUCUGCUGAACAUGUUGAUUUACAUGUUCCUGCAGCCCGGAAACUUGGAUGAGCAGCUGUAUCCUGGACAAGCCACCGUGCAAGUUAUCUUAUUGCUGCUGACCUUCGCCCAGGUGCCCAUCCUGCUCUUCCUUAAGCCUUUCUACCUUCGAUGGGAGCACAACCGAGCACGCGCUAAGGGUUACCGUAGCAUAGGAGAGACAUCCCGAGUUAGUGCUUUGGAUGGUGACGACGAUGAUGCCCAAGGCAAUGGUCACGGCAACAGCUUCGAUGAUGGCGAGGGGGUUGCUAUGAUCUCCCAGAACAUCGAUGAGGAGCACGAGGAGUUUGAGUUCAGCGAGGUCAUGAUUCACCAGGUUAUCCACACCAUCGAGUUCUGUCUGAACUGUGUGUCUCACACUGCUUCUUACCUCCGUCUCUGGGCUCUAUCUCUGGCCCAUCAGCAGCUGAGCAUUGUGCUCUGGAGCAUGACCCUUGGCCCCGCUCUGACUACUCCUGGUGUUCUUGGCGUUAUCAUGAUUGUUGUCUGCUUCUUUAUGUGGUUCUUCCUGACCAUUGCUAUUCUGGUGUGUAUGGAGGGUACCAGUGCCAUGUUGCACUCUCUGCGUCUUGCUUGGGUCGAGUCCUUUUCCAAGUUUGCCGAGUUUGCGGGUUGGCCUUUUGCGCCAUUCUCGUUCCAGACCCUGUUGGAAGAGUCGGAGGAGUUGAAGGAUUACCUGGGAUAA